AUGGACGCUGCUCCACCACAAUCACAGCAGUCUGUCCCACCUUCAGGAUUCGAAACGCCGCUCAAUCUCUCCACGGAUACGCAGCAGCAGCAGCACUUUCAGCAUCAGCAGCAACAGCAGACUCCUUCGGCUGUAUCGUCGCCUGUCACAGCAAGGCAGAUCGGGCCGCAACCCUCUGGUGCUGAUGCUACUAUAUGCGGCCAGCCAUCGCAAGCGUCAUCCGCUUCGCUGCAGCUCCAAACGCAAAACCUCACUCCAACGACAUACGCAUCCUUGGCUUCGCCCAUGCAGCCGCAAGCCAAUGCCCAGCAACCGCACAUGCACCAGCCGUCGUUGCAACAUGUGCAGCUCGAACCGCAAGAACAGCAGCGGUCCGAACAGACAACCCAGCAGCAGCAACAGCAGCAGUCCGGACAAGCGCCUCCGCACUCGCAGAUGAUGCCCGCGCAUUUGUCGCAGCAAGCACAACCACUCCAUUCUCAAUCAGCGGCCCCAGUUGCAGCCCCCAACGUACCUGUGUCUAUGGCCGACGACGCUGCUAAGAACGGCAUGUUCGCCGCUAUGUCCCAACGACCACCCAUGGCAGCGCAUCAACGCUCUCUUUCUCUAGGUCUGCAUCUGCAUCAAUUGUCAUCUCUGCCCAUGCCUCAACACCCGAUUCCAGCUUCGGCCGAAAGCCUCCAGGCAUAUGCUUGGUCACCUGCUACCUCGCAAAACGAGAUGCUCAUGUCAGCUACCCCCACCCAACCCUCUGAGCGUUUCGCUGGUUCCCACCACCGAGCGGCUUCACAUAGUAUGACACACAACCCAGGUUUGGGUUUACAGCAGCUUGCCAUGAGUAUGCAUUCCGUGCCAUCUACGCCCAUUGAUAUGCCCCACGCACAGGCGCAAGCCAACGCUCACGCACAGGCCAAUGCCCAAGCGCAAGAACAAGCGCAGGCCUCAGUCCAAGCACAGGCUCAGGCACAGUCGCAUAUGCAAGCACAUGCCCAGAUCCAGGCACAGGUGCAAGCACAGGUACAGGCUCAGGCACAAGCACAGGCACAGGCACAGGCACAAGCACAGGCACAGGCACAGGCACAGGCACAGGUUCAAGCUCAGCUUCAAGCACAGGCACAACAAGCUCAAGCAGAAGCUCAAGCCGCUGCCAUCCAAGCUGCCGCAGCACCAACCCAGCGGCCUGCUUCUGAGCACUUGGAGCUGAUGAUGCCUACCUUGCCGCUUUUCCCCAAUCUUCGCAACCUUUUCCUGCCACUGGCGUUUGUUGCAACAGCAACGCAUCCGUCACAGCCACAGGCGCUUGCUCCUUCCUUGAUGCUCGAACAGAGUGUAUCGCCUCAACAGCAACAACAGCAGCAACAACAUCAGCAACAACAGCAGCAACAACAGCAGCAACAACAGCAGCAACAGCAACAACAGCAGCAACAGCAACAGCAACAGCAACAGCAACAGCAACAGCAACAGCAACAGCAACAGCAGCAACAGCAACAGCAACAGCAACAGCAACAGCAACAGCAGCAACAGCAACAGCACCAGCACCAGCAGCAACAGCAACAGCAACAGCCAACUUCUCAUCACGAGAUGCAGCCGCUGCCGAACCUAACACUCAGCCAAAUGAAAGCUGCAGACGGCGACGUGAUGCACAGUGGUCAAGUGAGCCCGACUGCGCGCAAGCGACCGGUUCAGUCUGACAGUGAUCUCUCCGAACAGCCGUUCAAGUCGCUGCGAUCAGAGACGACAACACCCAUCAAGCCCCCUUCGCCUAUUUCUUCUGCGCCACCGACCAUCGCAGGCUCCGAAACCCCGGCACAGAUGCAAACCUCAAUUCCCUCCCAAGGUAUGCCUGUGGCCCAAAUGGCAAAUGGCGUUGUCGCUGGGCCGUCACUCUCAUUGCUGCCUCAGGCGCCCGCCUCGCUCUCGAGUGGGAUGCAGUCGCUGAACGCAUCCCCCUCUACGCCACAGACGCCCUUCGAGUUUCCGCAAAGCCAGUCCUUCGCCGGUCUCAUAAACGGCAACACUAUGGCUCCGUUUAUGCCCUCCAGUCCAGCCAUUCAACAACAAGGCCACAUGCGCGGAGGCUCCCUGCACGAUGCUAUGACCAUGACUCCUCAGCCCGGACCGAAAGGGCAGAGCGUUGUCGAACCUCCAGUCAGCAGUGAUCGCGGUCAAUCCAAGAUGGCGCGAAGCGCCUUGCAGAUGUCGGCUAUCUCUAGCUCGAACACUUCCGCGAAUCAAUCCGCUGUCGACUCCGGACCAUCUUCGCCUGAAGAGUCAUUUAGCAAUGGCGACAGCGGAGACGAGGGAAACCAGGGCGGCGGCGACGAAAGCCAGCGUCACCUCACCAAACAUCGUCGACAUCGAAGCAGCGGCUUUUUCUCAAGCGGCGCUUCCUUUGAUUUUGGUGGUGUCGAUGAUGCGGCGGCCGGAGACAUGCCGAUGACCGGCGCAGAUAAGUACGGCGCAAGCGCCACCUUGUUGCCGGAGCUUCGCAGCAAGCUAGAUACCAUUUUCUACAGCUUUCUGAAUGCUGUCUGCUCCGAUCUCGAGAUCACUGACGACCGUGGCGAGCUACUGCAUCAGACUCUCAUGCCGAAAAAGAUGGCGAGGCUGGAUGAGUCGCCUGACUUUCGUCCGUUCAAAUUCCGUAUUCAGGCCUUCACCAACGCUUUCCAGGCCGAAGUGUAUCGCAAAGGCAUCACAGAGGCUGAGUGCUCAAGCAAGAAGAUCCGACAGUUCCUGUGGACGCAGCCCUGCAUCUCGCGAUUCAACGAGGAUGGCAAGAAGGCCAAGUCAAAGGGCAAUCAUAUCUGGAUCGUCGAGGCCAAAAAGAUUCCUGAAGGUGGCUGGGAAUUCCGCGAGUUCAGUCGCAAGAUCGCCGGAGCUCCAGAAAAGAUCGCCUACGUCGGCCUCGAGUGGAUCUGGCCGCUCAAGGUGUGGGAUCCGCAGGCGUCUUCGACCAGCAUCAAGGCUGUAUUCUCGUGCAACAAGGUGCCUUCGUGGAUCCAAUGGGAUGAGGAGAAGCGAGUGCUCUCUGGCGUGCCCACAACAGGCAGCGAGAGCGGGGAGGUGAGCGUCACUGCUCACUACGUGCAUGGUGGUCAGCUGCACCAGCUUCAACACUCGUUCCACUUGCAAGUGGCGUCGAUUGCCGCCGAAGAGCUGCAGGCAGACAAUGCUGGACGUUCGGCUGGCAACGGAGCAGAUGACGCUGCUCCAUCUGUGCCUUCUGUGGCUAUGUCUGAUAUGUUGCAACACGCGAUGCAGCCUGAUCUACCCGUCUCCGUCCACGCAUUCAUCAACGGUCAUCCGCCCGCGAAUUUCCCGAGCGAGUCGAUCAACCAUCAGAUUGUCGAGCCGUCCAAGGUGCCUGCGGUGCUUAACGCGAUUUCUUUCCCCUUUACGCCGCCCGUUCACGCCGAUAUGCGUCCGCAGUAUUUCCAAUCGUUCAACAACGAAGCAGCCAUGUUGACACCGCAACUCUCGGAUGUGGCUGGCACAGCUGCGGAAGGCGGCAGAGGCAGCUCGCAGCUGUCGUCUGCCAUGGCUUCGCCCAUGCCCGCGCAGAUGAACCACAGCCCCUUCCAGAGUGGCUCGGCCCAGCAUAUGGUGGGCGCGCAGUCUCUGCAGGCACCCACAUCGUCGCAGGCACUUCAACAGCAGAUGCAGGCCAACGUGACACUACCUGCGCAGUCGGCGCCCAUGGUAGCAUCGCAGCCCGAGGGCGGCCAACCGAUGAACGGAGGCAAGGCAUCGAGCGAAGAGAUUCAUGUGCAUCAGGUGCGAAGCAUGAUCGAGAGGAAGCAGCAGGCGCAAGCGGCGAGCUUUAUGCUCUCGAUCCCAUCGCGCAAAGCGGUGAUUGCUGCUGAAGCUGCACGCCCUGCGUCUGGCCAAACGACGCCAAUGUCGGCGAUGCCGACGGACAUGGCGGCUCAUCUGCCUAGCCUGAGCUCGCUUGCUCCCAACGAGUCGCUUGCGAGCGGCUUUGCGCCGAACGUCAUCAACGGCGAUGCCAACGCUGCACUCUCUCCGGGUUUGAACAUGAACUUUGACGCGCUGGGCGACUCUGGCAUGCAACUGGCGUUGCAGAACGAUAUGUCAAACCAGUCGCAACAGGGUCAGUAA